AGUGCAUAAAAGGACCUGCCACAGCCCAGGGAGCACAGGCCUUUGGCUGCAUCCUCUAGCCACUUCUUCUCCAUUGUUCAGAUACCUCCCUCACUCCAUCAUGACCUGGAACUUCAGCUGCGCCUCGGCCUGCGGGCCCCGGCCCGGCCGCUGCCGCAUCACCGCCGCCCCCUACCGCGGCAUCUCCUGCUACCGCGGCCUCUCCGGGGGCUUCGGCAGCCACAGCGUCUGCGGGGCCUUCCGUAGCGGCUCGUGCGGCCGCAGCUUCGGCUACCGCUCCGGCGGCGUGUGCGGCCCCACCGCCCCCGCCAUCACCAGCGUGUCUGUCAACGAGAGCCUGCUCACGCCCCUCAACCUGGAGAUCGACCCCAGCGCGCAGUGCGUGAAGCACGAGGAGAAGGAGCAGAUCAAGUGCCUCAACAGCAAGUUCGCCGCCUUCAUCGACAAGGUGCGUUUCCUGGAGCAACAGAACAAGGUGCUGGAGACCAAGUGGCAGUUCUACCAGAACCGGAAGUGCUACGAGAACAACCUGGAGCCGCUGUUCAAUGGCUACAUCGAGACGCUGAGGCGGGAGGCCGAGUGCGUGGAGGCCGACAGCGGGAGGCUGGCCUCAAAGCUGAACCACGUGCAGGAAGUGCUGGAGGGCUACAAGAAGAAGUACGAGGAGGAGGUGGCCCUGAGGGCUACUGCUGAGAAUGAGUUCGUGACUCUGAAGAAGGACGUGGACUGUGCCUAUGUCCACAAGUCUGACCUGGAGGCCAACAUGGAGGCCCUGAUCGAGGAGAUCAACUUCCUGCGGCAACUGUAUGAGGAGGAGAUCCGCGUUCUCCAGUCCCACAUCUCUGAUACCUUGGUGAUCGUCAAGAUGGACAACAGCCGGGACCUGAAAAUGGACUGCGUCAUCGCCGAGAUCAAGGCUCAGUACGACAACAUCGCCAGCCGCAGCCGGGCUGAGGCCGAGUCCUGGUACUGCAGCAAGUGCGAGGAGAUGAAGGCCAUCGUGAUCAGGCACGGGGAGACCCUGCACCGCACCAAGGAGGAGAUCAAUGAGCUGAACCACAUGAUCCAGAGGCUGACAGCUGAGGUGGAGAAUGCCAAGCACCAGAAUUCCAAGCUGGAGGCUGCAGUGACCCAGUCUGAGCAGCAGGGCGAGGCGGCCCUCAGCGACGCCCACUGCAAGCUGGCAGAGCUGGAGGCCGCCCUGCAGAAGGCCAAGCAGGACAUGACCUGCCUGCUCAAGGAGUACCAGGAGGUGAUGAACUCCAAGCUGGGGCUGGACAUCGAGAUCACCACCUACAGGCGCCUGCUGGAGGGCGAGGAGAACAGGCUGUGUGAAGGUGUCAGAGCCAUGAAUGUCUGUGUCAGCAGCUCCCGGGGCGGGGUGGUCUGCGGGGACGUCUGCGUGUCCGGCUCCCGGCCCGUGACGGGCAGCAUCUGCAGCGCCCCCUGCAGCGGGAACAUAGUGGUGAGCACUGGCAUGUGCGCCCCCUGCGGUCCGCUCCACACCACCUGCGGAGGUGGUUCCUGCCGCGUGGGGAGGUGUUAGGCAGUCCUGCCUGCCAGACGUGCCACUGCACCCACCCGGCUGACAGCAGCGGCGCCUCGGUAGCUUUGCCCCUCGUGUUCCGAGACUACACCACCCGGCUCCUUCCCAUCGGCCCCUCAUCCUGCUGCCUGUGAAAGGACCCCAUUCUCUGCCCCCAUCUCGGCCUCUGGACCCUCCCAGGGAGAAGGCUUUCCUUCCCUCAAAGGAGCGCUGCUGGACUGCCCCCAUGCUUCUGGCCUCUUGUGUCCCAUUUUUCUAAUAAACUGGGGACCCACCUUCUGUGCUACAA